AUGCCAGCCUGCCUGGUCAAUCCUCUCGCUUCCCCGGUGGUUCCUGCUUCUCCACUGGAGCCGCUUUUCUUGGGGAUGGAUGACGACACUGUCAUCUCUGGACAUUCGGGGUCCCCCCCCCCCCCUGCUCUCACUGUGCCUGCCCGGGCAGGCGAAGAUUAUUCCCUGGCAUCGCCUCCUCGUCCCGACCUUUAUGAGGUGGAUGCCCAUGGGCCUCCUCGGGAGCUGACAACUCCUGAGCACCAGGCACUCUGGGAGGCCAAGUUGGCACGAACACCAACUCCUCCUCCAAUGGCCGACGAGGGCACUCCCGUUUAUCGGCUGGAGGUUCAGCCGUUGACGCCCCCUCCUUGGUGGAGGAACUGUCAAACUCCUCCACCCCCUCCUCCUGAUCACCACCUUCCAAUGAAUGGUGAGAUCGCUGGUUGGGCCGAGAGAUUCGUCGUUGCCGACGUUGUGGCCCGGAUUGCGGACCAGCACUACCCCUUGGAUUGGGAUGUGCCUCAUGGUUCGAUCCCUGAGCACCACUUGCAUUGCCUGGCCAUGUUGCACCUGACUGAAGGCUGCAUGCCAUGGCCUAGUUGGCAAUGCCGUCAGUGCUUCAACUUGGGUAUUCCUUGCUUUGCUUCUGUGUUCACCAACCCAUUUGGUGAGCGCAACCGAAUUCCCCAUGCUUGUACGCACUGUUACCUUGCUGGGUUGGGUCACUGCGAGCAUGAUAUUCCUGCCCAUCCGGGUAUGGAAUAUCCUGGCGAUGGGACCCCCAGCCUGCAGCCACAGGGCUCGCAUCAGGCAGAGCAGGCCCACUUGACCAUGGCAGGUGGAGAUGGUCCAGGUCUUAUUUGUUUGGAAGAGUGA